AAUCGCGCACAAUGAGACAGCGCUGAGCGCCGGAAGUGGGGCCGAAGGAAAACACGGAGAGGGAGCCCGGCCGGGACAGGAAGAGGCUGGGGACCGCGGCGGAGGUGGUGAGUGCUCCCGGGCGCCUUCUCCCCCGCGUCCCUGCCGCACUCGUCUCCGGGCUGGGUCUCCGGCGGGCUUCCCAGGCUCCGGAGUCGAGGCCGGGCCUGGACCCCGAGGUGCGAAGUAAGAAAAUUGAGAUCAAAGACCAUGGGAGACGCAGCAAAAUCUUACUUUGUGAAGCGCACUAAAGACCGAGGGGCUAUGGAUGAUGAUGAUUUCAGAAGGGGGCACUCCCAACAGGAUUAUUUAAUAAUGGAUGAUUAUGCUAAAGGCCAUGGCAGUAAAAUGGAAAAGGGCCUUCCAAAAAAAAAGAUGACACCAGGGAACUAUGGGAAUACCCCUAGAAAAGGACCAUAUGCCGUUUCCAGCAAUCCAUAUGCAUUUAAAAACCCAAUCUACAGUCAACCUGCUUGGAUAAAUGACAACCACAAAGAUCAGAGUAAGAGAUGGGUAUCUGAUGAACUUACUGGUAAUUCAGACAGUUGGAGAGAAUUCAAACCCGGACCUAGAGUUCCUGUGAUAAGCCGACCAAGAAAAGACUCCUUUCAAGAAAGUGAAGAUGGUUAUAGGUGGCAAGACACAAGAGGCUGCAGAAGUGUAAGACGACUGUUUCAUAAAGAUCUUUCAAGCCUAGAAACCAUGUCAGAAAUGGAAACAGGAAGUCCUGAAAACAAGAAGCAGCGGUCUAGACCUAGGAAACCACGGAGGACUAGAAAUGAGGAAACUGAGCAGGACGGAGACUUGGAAGGCCCUGUGAUUGACGAGUCUGUGCUUUCAACAAAGGAACUGCUGGGUUUACAGCAGGCUGAGGAGCGACUGAAAAGAGACUGCAUUGACAGGCUAAAAAGGCGACCACGAAACUACCCAACAGCAAAGUACACCUGCAGACUCUGUGAUGUUUUAAUUGAAUCCAUUGCAUUUGCCCAUAAGCAUAUCAAAGAGAAGAGGCACAAGAAAAACAUUAAGGAAAAGCAGGAGGAAGAGUUGCUCACUACGUUACCCCCGCCAACAGCCCUACAGAUCAAUGCAAUUGGCAUUGCCAUUGACAAAGUGGUGCAGGAGUUUGGCUUACACAAUGAGAACUUGGAACAAAGGCUAGAAAUUAAACGUAUCAUGGAAAAUGUGUUCCAACACAAGUUACCAGAUUGUUCUCUAAGAUUAUAUGGAUCAUCCUGUAGCAGAUUGGGUUUCAAAAAUUCGGAUAUAAACAUUGAUAUUCAAUUUCCAGCCAUCAUGUCUCAGCCAGAUGUCCUCUUACUUGUUCAAGAAUGUUUAAAGAACAGUGACUCUUUUAUCGAUGUUGAUGCAGAUUUCCACGCUAGGGUGCCGGUGGUGGUAUGCAGAGAAAAGCAAAGUGGUCUUCUUUGUAAAGUGAGUGCAGGAAAUGAAAAUGCUUGUCUGACAACAAAACAUUUAACUGCCCUUGGUAAACUAGAACCAAAGCUGGUUCCUUUGGUGAUUGCAUUUAGAUACUGGGCAAAGCUUUGCAGUAUAGAUCACCCUGAAGAAGGAGGCUUGCCACCUUAUGUGUUUGCCCUGAUGGCCGUUUUCUUUCUUCAACAGAGGAAAGAACCCCUUUUACCUGUUUAUCUAGGAUCAUGGAUUGAAGGGUUCUCAUUAAACAAACUAGGGAACUUCAACCUUAAAGAUAUUGAGAAAGACUCUGUAAUCUGGGAAUACACUGAUGAUGCUGCAGGCGGCGCAGACACAACAAAAGAAGAGGCACCAAAAGAAAUGCCAGUUAAAAUGGGCCAGGUACCAUUAAUAUUUGAUAUGAAACACCAGCCUUCAGUACCAGUUGGGCAGCUCUGGGUGGAAUUGCUGCGAUUCUAUGCUUUAGAGUUUAAUUUGGCUGAUCUAGUGAUAAGUAUUCGUGUCAAAGAAUCAGUAUCUCGGGAAUCAAAGGACUGGCCCAAAAAGCGAAUUGCCAUUGAAGAUCCCUAUUCUGUUAAAAGAAAUGUGGCAAGGACCCUAAAUAAUCAACCUGUGUUUGAAUAUAUACUUCAUUGUUUAAGGACAACAUAUAAAUAUUUUGCUCUUCCACACAAAGUAGUAAAAUCCAGCCCUCCAAAGCCUCUGAGUAUGGUUAUAGAACAUUCUAAAGAAGUAAUACAUCAUGAACCAGAUGUACAACCAAAAGAUAAUAAACUCAAAAACUCAGUUUUGGCUCAAGGUUCUGGUGCUACCAGUUCAACUGCAAAUACCUGUAAAGCACAGACACAUACUCUUAAAGAGACUGCCAAAAGUUUGGGAAGCCCACCAGUGGAAGAUAGGGAAAACAAACGCAUCAGUGUCCACCUGGAAAACUCAGACUGUGUCCAGGCAGAGGUCAGUUGUGAUGAUUAUGAGGAUGUUAAAAUACACUAUCAAGAAACAGAAGGUAAAAAAGAGGAAGAGAAAAUUGGAAGGAAGGGCAGGCAUCCUCUGACUGUCAGUGAUCAAGAUUUAAGCAGUAGCAAGCGUGGAGAGUUUGUCAUCUGUGGCAGCACAUGGAAUAACGAGACAGACACCACUCUGGAUUUAGAAGGCCUCCGUAAUGCUACAGCUAAAGAGUGUGAUGGAUUUGCUACUUUAGAUGACCAGGUUGAUGCUGAUGAAGAAAACGUAGAAAGUACUGAUGAACCAGAAGACUCUCUAGACCACUGUGCCCCUUCAACACAGGGCCAGACUUCAGAAGUCAUUCACUCUGACGAAGAAGAUGAGGAGGAGGAGGAGGAGGAGGAAGAGGAAGAACCCAGGCUCGCCACUGACCAGAGGGAAGACGAAGAUGGCGUGGCUAAUGAAGAUGAAUUAGACAACACCUACACUGGAUCAGGGGAUGAGGAUGCUCUGUCUGAAGAGGACGACGAGUUGGGCGGGCCAGCUAAGUUCGGAGACUUGAGAGAAUGCGGAAAACAUAUAGAUGGUGCUCUACUUGUGGAGCUUCAUAAAAUAAAUCUUGAAGAAGAAAAUGUGUGUGAGGAAAAUUCACCAGAGGAGGAGUCUGAUUUCUUCUAUGAGUUUAGUAAACUUAUCUUCACCAAGGGCAAGUCUCCUACAGUAGUUUGCAGCUUAUGCAAACGAGAAGGUCAUCUAAAGAAGGACUGUCCUGAGGACUUCAAAAGAAUCCAGCUGGAGCCUCUACCACCACUAACACCCAAGUUUUUAAAUAUCUUAGAUCAAGUUUGCAUCCAGUGUUACAAGGAUUUUUCUCCAACAAUUUUAGAAGAUCAGGCUCGUGAACAUAUUCGGCAAAACCUAGAAUGUUUCAUAAGACAGGACUUUCCAGGAACUAAAUUGAGCUUGUUUGGCUCCUCCAAAAAUGGAUUUGGGUUCAAACAGAGUGACCUUGACGUCUGUAUGACAAUUAAUGGACUUGAAACUGCUGAGGGGUUGGACUGUGUCAGAACUAUUGAAGAAUUAGCAAGAGUCCUCAGAAAACAUUCAGGUCUGAGAAACAUCUUACCUAUUACGACAGCAAAGGUGCCAAUUGUGAAGUUCUUCCAUUUGAGAAGUGGUCUGGAAGUGGAUAUCAGUUUGUAUAACACUUUGGCCCUUCAUAACACAAGGCUUUUAUCUGCUUAUUCAGCCAUUGAUCCCAGAGUGAAAUAUCUGUGCUAUACUAUGAAAGUAUUUACAAAGAUGUGUGACAUUGGUGAUGCGUCUCGAGGCAGCUUAUCGUCAUACGCAUACACUCUCAUGGUGCUGUAUUUUCUCCAGCAGAGGAAUCCACCAGUCAUUCCUGUCCUUCAAGAGAUAUACAAAGGUGAAAAGAAACCUGAAAUAUUUGUUGAUGGCUGGAAUAUUUAUUUUUUUGAUCAAAUAGAUGAACUGCCUACCUAUUGGCCAGAAUAUGGAAAAAAUACAGAAUCUGUUGGUCAGCUGUGGUUGGGCCUUCUUCGUUUCUACACAGAGGAAUUUGACUUUAAAGAACAUGUUAUUAGCAUCAGGAGAAAAAGUCUGCUUACAACUUUUAAGAAACAGUGGACUUCAAAAUACAUUGUUAUUGAAGAUCCCUUUGAUUUGAAUCAUAAUCUUGGAGCUGGAUUAUCAAGGAAAAUGACAAAUUUUAUAAUGAAAGCUUUUAUCAAUGGUAGAAGAGUAUUUGGUAUUCCCGUCAAAGGAUUUCCAAAGGACUCCUCAAAAAUGGAGUACUUUUUUGAUCCCGAUGUACUAACAGAAGGAGAGCUGGCCCCAAAUGAUAGAUGCUGUCGAAUUUGUGGGAAAAUUGGACACUUCAUGAAGGACUGUCCUAUGAGAAGAAAAAUAAGGCGACGGCGAGAUCAGGAAGAUGCCCUGAACCAAAGAUAUCCUGAGAACAAAGAAAAAAGAAGCAAAGAGGACAAAGAAAUCCAAAACAAGUGCACAGAAAGGGAGCCUUCCAUAAAAGAAGAUAAGCCCAUGCAGUGCACACCUCAAAAAGCCAAGCCAGUGAGGGCCACUGUUGACCUGGGGAGGGAAAAGCUUCUCAGGCCACCAGUGGAAAAGUGGAAGAGACAGGAUGACAAAGACUUGAGAGAAAAGCGUUGUUUUAUUUGUGGACGAGAAGGGCACAUUAAAAAGGAAUGCCCACAGUUUAAAGGCUCUCCAGGUAGCCUUUCCAGUAAAUAUAUGACUCAGGGAAAAGCCUCAGCGAAGAGGACCCAGCAGGAAUCAUGAGGGAAGGAACUUGCAGCACUCUAAAUGGCCACUCAGGCAUUCCCAUUGACUUGGAAAAUUAGGUUCAUUCCACAGGACACAGCAGCAUAGAUCAGGCUUCUACUUAACGUUGAAGGGAAAUGUCAGGUUUUUUUUAAUUUAAUGAAACUCUUAAUGAGGAAAAAAAUUUUAAUAUAGUCUUAUCUACCACAAAUCCCUGUAGAUUUAAGGAUUUUGAUAGGAGGCCAUGAUGUAUGUAUUUAAGCCAGGCUAAAAGAACAAAGUUAACUGUGGACUAGUAUUCAAUGAAUACACUCAUGGUUUUUAACUCUUUCAAAGCACAUUGAAAAUAUGUGCUGAUAAACCCCAAGUAAAUUAAUCCUUUUUUUCCCUACAAAUCCUUUUUUUUGUUUUGAAGAGGGGAAAUUAUAUUUAUUGUUGUUUACUGAAUCCUUGUGUGAGAGCGUAUCAAAUAUGUGUGAACUGCUACUACUGUACUUCCAAUUUACAAACAUUUUAUUGUUGUUUGUAGAAGUGAUAACAUGGACAUGAGUACCUAUUUAUGUAGACCUUCAGUGGGUGAGCAGUGCCACUCAGAGGUCUCUGGGUUUUUCCCUCUCUAAUUUUAAGUAAAUUGACAUAUAACUACUACGCCUAUAAAAAUGAAGUAAGGAAACAAGUAGUCCUGUUUACCACUAAAAACAUUUUCAAAGGAAAAAUGACAAAAUGAAAGUACUUUUUACUUUUUAUGAUAUCCAGAAAUUAAGGUGGAGAACUUUUUAGAAUUUCUGAUGAUCAAAGAGGCUCUCUCUGCCAGUCACAAGUGUGGUUGGGGUCAUUCUGGGUCUGACUGGAGCCUUCCUGGACUGUUGCUCUAACUUCACAAGCCCUGCAGAUGUAGUACAUGCCUCGGUUUAUUUAUCCUUUUGAAAUAAAAUCAGAAUUUCAACCUGUAA